AUGCCGCCAACUGGAUCUUCCGAGCCUUUGCGACCGCUGGCGGAUUACUUCUGGAUUGCUGGACUGGAUACGCAGCAGCUACUUGAGGCGUUCUCUUAUUCAAGGUGGUCGCAUGAAAUUUCUGACACUAAUGGUGUUGUCGAGUCUGCAAUCAAGGAAGAGGCCACUGUCGACAACGAUGAAUCUUCAAUCCUGCAAUCCCCUCGAACCUCUGUCCGCCAUUCCAGGCAUGACUCUUAUCAGCGACUCUCCCAACUCUCCGAUGAGGCAAGAAGCGCAGUUCAGAGUUUUAGCGAUGCCACUCGUCCACACAGCAAUCGAGGCAGCACUCGCAGUAGUGUUACAGUUCGGCCUGCUAGUCCGUCCCCAGCCGCUCGAAUGUCCACCGCGUUCACCGAAGUUGACUUUGAAAAAGCCAUGAAGAAGUUCACCAUCGACCGAGAAACCUUCUUUCUGGACCUCAACUUUAAUCCGUCCAAGCCGUCCGAACCCUCCCAAGCCUCCCAAGCCUCCAAACCGACACCAUCGAAAUCACGCCCCAAGACGCAAAAGAUUGUUGUUCCUGAUGAGCCGAGUCCGCCUUUAAACCGUAACUUUGGCAGCAUUCGUAGACAUCUUUCUUUCAAGGAUAUGUCUAGUGCGAAGCGCCAACCGUCUCUAGCUCGACGGACAUCUACUAGAACAACGCGCAGAAUGAGCAGUUACAACUCAGUCAUACCUGUUCCGGAGACGUUGCACAGUCCACCCGACCAGCAUCCUUUGGCGAGGAAAUUCCAGCCGGUCCUACUUGACAGAUAUCCUCGGUCAACUACGAUCGAUAAAACCAACGGAAGAAGCCUAUUCCCGGAUUAUGUGCCUAUGUUUGCGUUCCCAAACGACAUCAAGCUCGUCUCUGCAGAAACAAAACCAAGAGCUACUUGGCAUGAAUUCUCAAUGACGGCAGGCGAUAAUUCAAGACUCACUGGAGUGUGUAUUACUGUCUGGGUUCCUGUGAGCCGCCAGAUAGCCGUGGAUUUGGAGAAGAAGUGUGAUGAAUGGCGAAAAGCGCAUAUGUCUGAAGCAGAAAGAGAGAUGGCGAUCUCACUGGCCGAAAGAUUGACUGUUGAAAGCGCAAAGUUGUCGCGGCUGCUAGCGCAGCUUCCUCAAGUAUCUCACGAUUCGGCAGCCAGAGAAGAACUGGAGGAUGAAAUUAGCGCGGUCGAGGAAAAGAUUAGUGUCAUGUCGGACAUGCUGAAGCCAUUACGCCACGGUUCCGUUUCAGAGAUCCAGGGGCUGUCCACCAGUGACACGACGUUUUGGAUCCCGAGGGUCUAUGGGAUUUUGGGCAAAGAUGGCGCAAUGGCCAGUUUCUGGAGACAGUGGUUACGAGCGAUUGUGGUUCCUAUGACGGACGGCGGCAUCUUGCGAGUGCCAGCUAGUUCUCCCAAGGUCGGCAUGUGGCAGCCGCUGGAGCGAUAUGUUUCCACCUUGUGCCUCGAGGCACCUUCGCCGACAUCAUCCAAGGUUCAAAUACAGACCUCUAUACGAGAACUUCAUCUCUACGCCAAAAAGGAAGCUGCGAACGAACUGCCUGGAAGUCGGACCACUGACCUAUACCCGCUGUUUAAGACACUCACUAUCCCUAACAUCAUUCUCCUUUUCGAAUAUGUUCUGGCCGAAUCCAGGAUUAUCUUGCUUUCAUCCCACACUUCAAUGCUUCAGCUUGUCGGCAGAGCUAUCCUGGAAUUGAUUUGGCCCCUAGUGUGGACGGGAGUCUAUAUCCCUGUGCUUCCCUCACGGCUAGUACAAGUGCUUGACGCACCGUGCCCUUACAUCUGUGGCAUCAAUCGCAGCUACGAGAAAUAUGACCUUCCUGACGACGACUAUGUUCUUGUCGAUCUCGAUAAGAACGAGCUGCACAGCACUUCGCCCCCACCUUUUCUGCCUAAACAGCAACGGAGAAAGCUUAUGUCUCUGUUGCAUCAAGCUGCACCGCUGCAUCAUAGCUUCGGUGUAACGCCUGGUCCGCCCGCAUAUGCCGUCGAGACCUUUCCAUUUGAUGCAUUCUCUGGGGAACUCGACUCCGUGUUCACUGCAAUUGCCAGGUCAACAAAUUUGGAUAAGCUGGUCAGUCUCAGUUCCUCCUCCUUUGGUCCCUCUGCAGCGUCGGACACGAUACGACGUGCUCCGUUGUUGAACGUCUUCCUUGCCUCCGGCCCGGCACGGGGGAAGAAGAGCAUUGAGCGGCCGAUGACAUCUUCAACCGCACGCCAAUCAAGUCAGACAGGUUCUGAUGGAUAUUCUCCAAUUGUCGGAAGCUUUGGUCUCCCACCUGCGUCUAGAAAUGACUCUGGAUAUGCAUUGCAGACUUCGCUACGCGAAAAGAGGUCGGGUCAUUUCGAUUCACUCUCUAAGCGCAGCUUUUCUGGGUCUAACCACAUGAUGCGCAAGGCCAGUCUCCCGUUCGUGCGACACAAUGCAAGUCCUUCAGCGACCUCGUUGUCUGACAUGAGGAAUGGGUCGACCUACGCGGCCUCUACAUACGCCCAGUCAACCUUGGCGGCAUCUACAAUAAUGCCUGGUAUGCAUGUUCAGCCUGCAAUCAAUUCUGAGGGAACAUAUUGGGCCGAGGGCCACUGUCUUCAGUGGAAAGCUGAAGAUGGUCCUUCAACCUGUGUGCUCUGUGAUGAUAAGGCGCAAGAUGGAUACUACCGAUGCUCAGGUUGUGGGUUUGUAAUUCACGACCGCUGUGCUAACCAGAUCACUGUCGUUUGCUCCGCUGCUUUCUAUCCUGAUCAGGUUCGAGCCGCCUUUGUUAGGUGUCUAGCCAGCUUGUUCUACACAUAUCGGAAGUUCAUGAGUCCAGCACGUCCAACAAAAAAGAGGGUUGGAGCAGUGUAUGCAUUCGACAAUGAAGCAUUCAUCAAGAGCCUCCCUCCAGACCAUUCUGCUUAUAUGGAGAUGCUCCAGCAGACUCAAGCUUGGAACGAAUUCAUCAUGGAGCGUGAAGAGAAAGCUUCGAGUCCAGAAAUUGCCUUGUUUGACGCUAUUAUAAUGGCAAAGCGAGGCCGCGCGGGCUUGCUGCGGUCCGGUCUCCCAAAUAUCGGUCGCAGUCGCAAGAGCUUUGUACAGCGAUCGGCAUCAGGAGGUCCUCCGAACGACGUUCUAUCAGAUGCCUCUCAGCAUCAGUGGCGAAUCAUUUCGGUCUCGGGUGGCUCCAAUCGUUCAGAUCUGGGCCCGGCGGCUAAAGGACGCGACUACCAUGCCAUCAUUACACGAACACCGUCCAAGUUGGAGGAAGGCCUUUUCAAGCAGGAAGAAAGCCUGCCGGAGUUGCCAACGAUCCCCAAAAAACCACGACCGAGUGUUCUCAACGGCAGAUUGAAUGGACUUGGCAUGAACGCACCAUGA